AUGGAAGGCCUAAAUAGUAAUGAUAUUUGGGUAUGCGAUAGAAAAGUGAAUCUUAUAGACAGUGGUGAUUUUUUGAUAUGCGGUAAAAAAGUGAAUCUUAUAGACAGUGGUGAUUUUUAUGAUAGUAAUGAUAUUUGGGUAUGCGAUAGAAAAGUGAAUCUUAUAGACAGUGGUGAUUUUUUGAUAUGCGGUAAAAAAGUGAAUCUUAUAGACAGUGGUGAUUUUUAUGAUAGUAAUGAUAUUUGGGUAUGCGAUAGAAAAGUGAAUCUUAUAGACAGUGGUGAUUUUUUGAUAUGCGGUAAAAAAGUGAAUCUUAUAGACAGUGGUGAUUUUUAUGAUAGUAAUGAUAUUUGGGUAUGCGAUAGAAAAGUGAAUCUUAUAGACAGUGGUGACUUUUUGGUAUGCGAUAAAAAAGUGAAUCUUAUAGACUGUGGUGAUUUUUUGGUAUGCGGCAGAAUUGUGAAUCUUAUAGAUAGUAAUGAUAUUUGGGUAUGCGAUAGAAAAGUAUAUCAUAUAGACUGUGGUGACUUUUUGGUAUGUCGUAGAAAAGUGAAUCUUAAAGACUGUGGUGAUUUUUUGGUAUGCGGUAGAAAAGUGAAUCUUAUAGAUUUUUUUGAUAGUAAUGAUAUUUGGGUAUGCGAUAGAAAAGUGAAUCUUAUAGACAGUGGUGAUUUUUUGAUAUGCGGUAAAAAAGUGAAUCUUAUAGACAGUGGUGAUUUUUAUGAUAGUAAUGAUAUUUGGGUAUGCGAUAGAAAAGUGAAUCUUAUAGACAGUGGUGAUUUUUUGGUAUGCGGUAAAAAAGUGAAUCUUAUAGACAGUGGUGACUUUUUGGUAUGCGGUAAAAAAGUGAAUCUUAUAGACUGUGGUGAUUUUUUGGUAUGCGGUAGAAAAGUGAAUCUUAUAGACAGUGGUGAUUUUUAUGGCCUAUGCAGUAGAAUUGUGAAUCUUAUAGACAGUGAUGAUAUUUGGGUAUGCGAUAGAAAAGUGAAUCUUAUAGACAGUGAUGAUAUUUUGGUAUGCGGUAGAAUUAUGAAUCUCAUAGACAGUGAUGAUAUUUUGCUAUUAUCAGAAUGA